AUCGCCACUCGGCCAGUCUCGCUGCAGCCGCUGGGGCCUCUCCGGACGACGCCUGACCUCAGCAAGCCUCGAACCCUGAACCUCCAACGUCAGACGCCGCCGGCUAGCGUGUAACCCCCCACAGGCACAGAGAUGGGUCCCAAGGCAGACCCCGAGACACAGGCUCUGCGCAAGGAGGUGGAAGACCUCAUCGCCAAGCUCAAGGAUGAGCAGCAGAAGGUGGCGGAUGCGAAGAUCGAGGAGGUGUGCGGAAACAUGUCGGAUCUGCCGCGCAUCCGACUCACCACCAAGAAGCUGCUCAAGGGACACCUCAACAAAGUCAACUCGGUCCACUACAGCGGCGACAGCAGGCACGCGGUGACGGGCUCCCUGGACGGGAAGCUGAUCAUCUGGGACACGUGGACGGGCAACAAGGUGCAGAUCAUACCACUGCGCUCCUCCUGGGUCAUGAGCGUCGCCUUCUCACAGUCCGGCAACUUCGUCGCGUGCGGCGGCAUGGACAACAUGUGCACGGUGUACGACCUCAACAACCGGGACUCGACGGGCGCCGCCAAGAUCGUGCGCGAGCUGGCGGGCUACGAGGGCUUCCUGUCCUCCUGCCGCUUCAUCGACGACCAGACGCUCAUCACCGGCUCCGGCGACAUGAAGAUAUGCCUGUGGGACCUUGAGGUUGGGAAGCGCAAGAUGGACUUCCAGGGCCACUGCGGGGAUGUGGUGUCCAUCUCGCUGUCCCCGGACUGCAAGAACUACGUGACCGGCUCGGUGGACCGCACGUGCAAGCUGUGGGACCUGAGCGAGGACAAGUGCCGGCAGAUGUUCCUGGGCCACGAGGCCGACGUCAACUCCGUCUGUUUCCACCCGGGGGGCCAGGCGUUCUCGACGGCGUCUGAAGACAAGUCCGCCCGGCUGUGGGACCUGCGGUCCGACCAGCAGGUGGCGCGCUACGAGACGCCGGCGGGCAAGGGCGGCCCCGGCUUCACCUGCUGCGGGCUCUCCCUGUCCGGCCGCUACCUGCUGGCCGGCGCCGACGACAACUCCAUCCACUCCUGGGACACCCUCAAGCUCUCACACUGCGGCACGCUGUCUGGGCAUGAGAACAGGGUGACAUCACUGAACGUGUCCCCCAAUGGCAUGGCUGUGGCCACAUGCUCCUGGGACCAGUAUGUACGAGUCUGGGGCUGAACCCAGGACCCCUGCCACUGCCACCACCACCACCACCCGUAGCCCCACCCACCAUAAACAGCCGACUGCGGAGCAGAUGUUGGCCGUCAAGUAUGGUGUCACCUCAUGGAAAGGCACUUCAACACUUUUGAGGUCGUGACAUAUAGUACAGUGUGAGGGCACUGCCCAAGAGGUGAAAUGAAUCUCACAAUGCCAUGCACCCUCCCCAUUCUUAACUGAUACAUUUCAAGAGUAUUACUUCAGGAUGUCAGGUUAAGCUUCAGGAUGAUACAAAUCAAACUGCAGACAAAUUGCACUGCUCACAUUCACCAAUAUUGUUUAUUUUAUCCACAAUUUAGUUCAAGAACUAAACUCGCUCCUCUUCAUACUGACAUUACAUUUUUUGUGCUGCAAAGCCGUUAAUGUACUUCUUGUUUCAUUUUGUAAUCUAGUAAUUGAUAUAUCAAUUUAUAUAGAAAUAUGUUAUCAUGUCACAAGUGUAAUUACGGUACAGCUCUAAUAUUACUUCAAUCUACUCUCAAACACUCAUAUAUGUUUGCAUCAUCUCAGUCACAUCAUAUCACUCACUCCAAUUCAGUUCCACCACUUCUCCAAUUCUCACUUCUGCAUCUUCCUGUAUAUCUGAAGUCAUUGUAAUCAACACCAUUUUUAACAAAUACUGGAUGUAAGGUUCAGCUUUCAGGUGUUAUAAAUUAAUUUACAAACAAGUUGUUCUGUUCACAGUCACCAAAAUUAUUAAUUCUGGCCACAUAUAGUUUUAAACAGUUACCCCCAUCUUAUUAAUGUCGACAGCUGCAUUUGCUCUGUUGUAACACAAGUAAUUUAUUUGUUCUUGUCUCGUUAUACAAAGUAACACUUGACAUAUUCAUUAAUAUGGAGGUAUAGUAUCAUAUUUAAAGCAUAAUUACGCUACAGCAAUAGUACCAGAUACUCACAAACAUACAAAUAUUUGUACAGCAUUACAAUCACACAAUAUCACUCACUCCACUUCAAUCUCAUAACUUCUGCCUUUGCAAUACUUGUUUCUGAAUCCUCCUGUAUAGUUAAAUAUGACAUAACAGAUUUUUUUUUAAAAAUAUCAGUACUUAAUAUGAGGUUAAGCUUAAGAAUGUUAAAAAUUAAAUGUCAAAAUUUGUGUUUUUGUGGUGUGAUACAUUAAUGUAUUUACCCUUGGUUCAUUUCAUAAAUUAGUGUUAGAUGAAUCAAUUUUUACAGUGAUGUAUAAUCUUUCCUUAAGUAUAAUUAUACUACAGUUGUUACAUUAUUUUCGUUAAUUCUAAAAUACAUAUCCAUUUGUGCACCAUCUUAAUCAUUUUACUCAUUGCACUUCAUUCCCUACACUCGAUAGCAACUGAAAGCAGGAGAAAGUCAAAUAGUAGAAGAAAAAUACUCACGUAAAAACACAAGGUUCAUUCAGUGGACCUCAUACAGUUAACAUUAUCUUGUGUGGAAAAUAUCCCUUAAGUUUUUUAAGAUAAACUCACAGUGUUGUCGAUCCUAUUUUCUUAGUGUAAUUCUCGUCUAUGUACUACCCUCCAGUUUGGUUACAUUGCUUGAAAGCAAAUAAAUUGUUUGCAAUUUGAUGCCAGUAGGAAAAAGGGAAGAGUUGCUCAUAGCUUUUUAAUAUGGAAUACAACAAAAAUGGCAUAAACUCUCAUUUAUUUUUUAUCUAAGAAUAUCAUCUAAAAGUGCCUGAUUAACGAAUAACUUUCUCACUUUCAACUUAAUUUUUUGUGUUGCUUUAUUAAUUAAAUUAAA